AUGGAGCUACAUUCGACGCGAAACACCUCCUUCCUAACACCGACUACGGCCGACUACGACGGCGACGAAGACAUCUGCACCUUCAAGAAAUGGGCCGAACAGCCUAAUCAACCCGGCUUCUUUCGAAUAUUCACCAUCAUAUCGGUCCUCACGAUACUAGUUGUUUUAGUGGUACUGGGUAACGCUUUGGUAAUAGCGGCUGUCGUCUUACGAAGGCGACUACGAUCCGCUACCGGGUUGUUGAUUCUGUCGCUCGCCGUCGCAGAUUUAAUGGUAAUAAUUUGAUAAAUUUAACGUGGAAUUUAUCAUAAUCAAUUUUUUAAUCUUAUCUCUUGCAGGUCGGGUUAGUGGUCCUCCCAUUCAGUAUAGCAAACGAAGUGUUGCACAGCUACUGGAUCUUCGGAGACACUUGGUGUACAAUGUGGUUGACGAUGGAUAUAUGGAUGUGCACAGCAUCGAUUUACAACUUAGUAGCCAUAUCAAUUGAUCGUUAUAUUGCCAUAAUCAAGCCCCUCAACUACCCCAUGUUAAUCACAAAGUUCCGAGCGAGGUGUAUCGUUGCCAUUGUGUGGAUCAGUUCUUUUGUAAUCUGCUCACCCAGCUUUCUGCUCGCAUCGUCGGAGAAAAAGGCUGCGGGUAAGGACAGCUGCCGAUGCACACCAGCCAACUCAGGGAUGGCCUACAUCGUGUUCAGUGCAUCGUCCAGCUUCUACAUCCCCAUGAUCGUGGUUAUCUUUGUUUAUGUUCGAAUCUACAUAGCAGCUUGUGCGGCAACGAAAAGCGUGUACUCAGGAAUGAUGCAGGUAAACAUAAACACACACAAUCCACCCUAAUUGCAGGUAACGGCCACCGCUAACAAGAAUCCGAAGAACUUGUUAAUGCAGAAUCCCUCGGCUCUUUCCCGGAGCGAAAACGCUCCGAUUCUCCGAAUUCAUCGGGGCUCAACGAUCAAAACCCCCAAAACGUACUCCGAGAUGAGGUAGGUGUCUGCAAAACGUCAAAACACUUCCGUUCAGGUACUCCACCUCGACACAAAAGCCGCUGUUGUGCAGUACGCCGCCAUGCGGACAAAUAUCUCCGGGUUAUAAUAACACAUUGAAUGGCAGCACGCCCAGCCUACAACUCUCCAAGAACAGCCCGUUGCCGAAGCGUGCAAGUACAGAAGAAAUCGGAUCGGAGAAGUGUCCGAGUGCUUGUUCCACACCAAUAACAAGAAACAAAGGUCUAGGCAAUGCCAAAUCCGUUGUCAACCUGGCGUUCGAUAACUCUCAAAAGAAGUAAGUCAAAUUGGUUUCGAAUAAUCUAUAUCCUGUGGUCAUUUAACAAUAUCAAUUACAGUCAUUAGAGUUAUUCUACUUACUAGCUCAAAUUCACAAAGACCUAGUAUUACAAGAAGAAAUUAACCAAAUAACUUUCAGAAAAGAAGUAAUGAUAGAACGAGAUGCUCAUUCGAUGCCAGUGGAGGGCUGCGAAGACCCGGGCAUAGUAAUAAACGGAGUCAACAAAUCAAAGUCCACCAAAGACGCCAAACCCAAGAAACGAACCAACUACGGUGUGAACAUGCUCUCCAAGAUAAUGCGACGCGGGCCACGGAAGCGCGCCGGUUGUGCUUACGAGAAGCGACUGUCACUCGAGAUCAAAGCGGCCAAGACCGUGGCCAUUGUGACGGGGUGCUUCAUUUUCUGCUGGCUCGGCUUCAGCAUUCUCUACGGGUUCUCGAUCCAGACAAACGAAGUCGUGUGGUCGAUUCUAUUCUGGCUGGGAUACUUAAAUUCGGCCUUGAAUCCAGUUAUAUACACAGUGUUCAACCGUGAAUUCCGAACUUGUUUCAAACGUCUGCUCACUUGUAAUAAUAUGCUUUUCGGAUCUCGAUCUCAAACACAAAACGCGGUAGGUCAUGAUUAAUAUAUUAUGCUGACCCGUCUAGCCGGCACAGCUGUUCUUUGCAAUCUUUAAAGUUUGAGACACUCUCAAGUGGCCCUUCUUUCAGUAUAACUCGUACAACUCCACUUUGCGACCCGGUAAACCUCACGGAUACAGUUCGGUGGUAUCCGCCCCACCUUAUCUCCUCCCCAACCGAUCAAGCCCACCCAAUGCGAACGAAGAUACGAGGUGA